CCCUUGAGUCGACGUCUUGAAUGGUACAGCAUAAUACCUCUGAUUGGUCUUCGCCCAUUGAUAUUUUCAUGCUCCAGAAGCCCCGUUCAUUUCGCCUCCUUCCUCCAAAACCGAGCUGCCUACCUGCAUUGGUAGGUACCUUGACCGUCUAGGCAUCUUGGGUACCUAUUUGACCAAACUCGACCAAACAAUGGAUUUUAGUUAUGGAUAAUUGCAGAAACACCUGGGAUCCAAGUCGCACAAACUGAAGGUGGCAGUUGACCCAACAAUCGGAAAGAGGGGAUAAAAUAUAAUAAUAAGGCAAGGAAGGAAAUCGAGGAUGAAGAAGUACCAAAGAAAAAAAAAAAAAAAAAAAAAAAACAUGCACGACAGCGCAAACCCUACCCGGAUAUGGAAACAUGUCCGCAAAUUGGGUUACUUGCGAUCUAUCCUGCGCACCAAUGGCACUCUGUAUCGCUUCCCAUCCUACUCUGUCGGCUCGGGACUGAGGACUGCUGCGGGCUGUGGUAGCAGUAAAAGACAAGAUGCCUGGUGCAAGACAAGGUAAUAAAAAAAAGGUAAUGCAGAUUGUUUUAUCCACACUACAUCUGCCGCUUGCUGUCCCCUUAUUGCCAAUGACAGACGGACUCGUUUUCUGGGCAACCACACCUAGCUUACCGGGCUAGGUACCUUCCUUCCCUACCCACCUUUAAAACUUAACGCGAUCGCCUACCUACUCUUGACGUGAUGUGACCCCAUGCUUGAGGCUUUUCUAACUCCCGUGCUGUUCUAGCUCAUCCCUUUUUUUGUUCUCGCUUCAUCAUAACCUUGUGUACCUGACGCCUUCUGCCGCCAGCGGAAACUGCAGAUAAAUAAGUUACCGCUAUUGGACCCAUCUGAUUGGAAGUGGCCUGAUUGUUAAACAUCCUCCAUAAGAACGGGCCACUGUUCCCUCUGCUCACAAGUGGCGACAAAUUAUCGUUUUUGGACCGGAGAGAGCCAACCGACAGGCUUUAUUUUUUUCCAGAUUGCCGGCUUUCUUGGCCAGAAACCCAACCUAAAGUAUCGACCCAAGAAAAACAUUAAAACAGCUGAUUCGUAUCUGCUGCAGCCGUUGAGCUGGAUUCAAUCACCCCAUCCAUGCUGGGUCCGGUGCAUCAUAGCGGAGACGCGGCGAAUCGAAGCUUAGCAACAGCUCACGAUGGUGGUGCCCUCGGUGCCGACACAACAAGGCGAUGAUGCCUGCGUUCCAACAAGGCGGAUGCGGCAGAGCAAACCGAAAACAAAGACGGGGUGUAAGAACUGCAAAUUACGAAGAAUCAAAUGUGACGAAAAGCGACCCGCUUGCACGCAAUGCACUCGGUCCAAGAAGACGUGCACUGGCUAUCCGCCACCGGCACAUAGCGCCAGACCUCACGAAGAGGUCCUCAUAGCGCCCAAGCCAAACAUUGCCUGCGCCGGCCCGAUCGCUAGCACAAACGCUAACCCCCGAAUCAUCCGCGAAUCUAUCAAACUGCUCCCACGCCGUCGACCCCAGCGCCCGGCGCUAUACCAGACCCCUGCACCUGGCCUCACGUUUGAUCUGCAGGAAGGUCAGUACUUCCAGUUGUUCCGCUCCAACACGGCUGGCGAGCUAUCGGGCUAUUUCGACAAUGUGUUCUGGACCCAGACCGUACUCCGGGAGUGUCAUGACUCUGCCGCCGUCAAGCAUGCCGUAGUGGCUCUGGGUGCCCUCUAUAAGGCGUUGGAAAAGUUCACAGAGUCGCCACCUGGCUCUCCAUCGUCUAGUGGGCACGCUCCGGGCAGCCCACGCGGCCAGGAGGCUGCCCAUAUUCACUGGGAAGUGGCGAUACAGCAAUACCACAAGGCCUUGAUGGCACAAGUCAGCCUCCCCAUGAACAGCAACGAUCACAGGUCAAAUAGGACACGGCUCAUGGCCAGUGUUCUGCUGGCAUGUUUUGACUCUUUCAUCGGCGAUCACAGACAGGCCAUAUUACAGAUCCGGAGCGGCCUUGGUCUGCUGGAGAUACUCCGUGCCGAACGGAGAAAGGCCAUGCUGGCGAGGCCAGAGGAGCCCGUCGAGGACGAGCUUUUGCAGAUGUUCACGCGGCUGGCCAUCCAGGCCAAGUCGUACGACAUGGCCUUCCACUUUCCCGAACCAUAUGUCAUCCAUUUGGUUCAAGCACCAGCCAAUCCUGCGUCGCCAGGCGAAUCUGGCGGAACCCCAGUAUCUAUUCAUCAGGAGCCCAUACCUGAGCGGUUCUCAUCGCUCAUAGAGGCAAGGGUCGCGUGGGACACGCUAUGUGAACAGUUACUCCGCGCCACCGAGUCGAUGGCACAGUUGGCGAAUGGCCCUCCCAACCUCCUGCCCCAGACCAUGAUGAUAUACGGCAAGGCCUUUGCUGCCCGCAUCCACAGCUGGGCUCACGCAUUCGAUCACAUACUUGCGUCCAGGACAGCACCUGGUAUCACCAGCCAGGAGAAGGCAGGAAUUUCUGUUCUCAAGAUGUUCCAGAUUAUGGGUGAGAUACUGUUUCAUAUGACCUUUAAGCAUAAUGAGAUGGAUUUCGACAAUUACAAGCCUUACUUCAGGACCAUCGUCGACCUGGCAUCUGAGGUUGUCGGAGAUGAGGAAAGGCGCGCUGCUGAACGUCGAUGUCCGGACCGCAGCUUCUGCGCCCACCAGCAUGUCAGCGGCGACUUUGGUCAUUCGUUCGACAUGCUGGGCGGCCAAGAAUAUACGGUGCACCACGUCAAACCCAGCUUCAGCGCUGACCUUGGCAUCGUGCCGCCAUUGUACGUCGUUGCAGCCAAGUCGCGUGACCACAUCAUCAGGCGGCAGGCUAUCCAGUUGCUACGAAGCAGUGCAAGGAGGGAAGGCAUGUGGGACAGUCAGCUCACAGCACAGAUCGGCACGUGGAUCAUGGAGCUGGAGGAGUCCGUGGAUGAGGAGGCGAUCCAUGAAGAUGAACUGGACAUAACUCGCGCGUCUCAUUUGCCAACUCCACACGCGAGCCCUACUGAGGUCCCAAUCGCGUCGUUCUCAUCGCCGAAGCAACGUUCGGCCGGUCAGGGACAGCGGGGGAGCUUUGACAGUGACAUACCAUUGGGCCCCGGCGGGAAUGCGAGGUGGGACGCGCGACUUGAGAGCAGCAGCAGCGCUGGAAACGGGUCGAUUUCAGCCUCGGCAGAGAGAGUUGCCGCCAUGCGCGUCGUUCCCGAAGAUAAACGUGUGCUUCUCAGGUCGGCGGAGUUUGAUCUGCGCUCGCACGUCGCUGUGCUGAAGUGUGGAACCAGAGGGCUGUAUCCGGGAGCACCUGAUAGGAGACUCAGGGAGACGAGAGUUGUGUGGUAGAGGGUGUUAUGUUUGUCUUUUGGAGUAUUGAUUAAUAUUUGCAGGAUAUGAUCUUGAGCAUAUUCCCCCCUCAUUUCUCUGCAAGCUAAGGCGCCUGCCAAGAGAUAUACCCAGGAAUUCUUUGAUUUUCUUGGUUGGAUUUACUUGUUUGGUUUUGAAUACUUGAUCGGUUGCGGCAUGAUGUACGAAGACCAGGAAAGAAAAAAAGAAAAAAAAGAAAAGCUGGACAAAUGGUUAUACUCAUAGCAAAUGAAAUGCGGCUGUUCUUUGAGAUGUGCCGUGGAUUCGUUGUUGGCAUGAGCGUAAAGAAUAUGAUUACUGGGUGCGA